AUGGAAGUUGAAUUCCGACAUGAAGAUAUUUGUCAGAUGCAGCCUUACUCUUUGGUUGAGGCUGUGGCCCUCCAUAUAUUAUUGGGCUGCAACUCGUGUCAGCCCCACUCAGCAGACAUGAUGGUCACGGAUGAUGGAGCUGUUCUCCAGGAACAACUAGAAUAGAUGGAUGCAGUUCCUUAUCCCUGGUACACAGUAAACAGGCAGACACUCAUGGUUAGGCUGUCUCUCCCCACAUCUAUCCCUGCCACUCUUCCAAUCCUUGCAUUCCUUGCACUGUCGGGACAGGCAUCUGUUUCUCCAACAUUAAAGCAAGAAACUGCACCAAAUGGGAAUUUGGUUUAUCCAGCAAAGCUUAUCUUAAAUUGUUCCCACAGAUUGUAUGGACAUUGCUUCCAUGAGACCUUCAAUGGCUACUAGGCAUGACACCUUUGCUGUGCCAUCCAUGGCCAAAAGCAGUAAUGCUUCAGAAUAACAGAGGGAGGUGGGUGCUCUUCUGCUUCUGUUCUACUUACAAGGCUCCCAUCAGGAAGACCACUGUGAGAAUGCUGGACUAGAUGGGCCAUUGGGUAACCUAACUUAGGCUUUAAUGCAUUGUAGCACUUCUUAUCUAUAGUAUUGUUUCUGCUCCUUCCUGUGUCCUUGUAGACUCACCUCCAACACUCAGCCAUGGCAAACUGUGGACCAUCCUGUGCUGUCCCAUCUUGCGCUUCCACCCCAGUCGUCGGUUUUGGAUCAGCAGGUCUUGGAGGCCUUGGUGGCCUUGGUGGCCUUGGCCUUGGCGACACCUAUGGCUAUGGCUCCGGUGCCCUGGUGGGAUCUGGCAUCCCUUCUGCUAGUCUUGGUAUUCUUUCUGGUGUCGCCCCUUCAUGCAUCAACCAGAUCCCACCAGCAGAGGUCAUGAUCCAGCCACCCGCCUCUGUCGUGACCAUCCCAGGACCCAUCCUCUCUGCUAGCUGUGAGCCCGUGGCCGUAGGAGGAAAUGCUCCAUGCUCCCCUGGUGGUUUGGGCAGUGGGUUCCUCGGAGCUGGUUCUCUUGGAGCCGGUGCUCUUGGAGUUGGUGGUCUUAGAGGAUCUCGUUUUGGACUUGGGAGUCGCUAUGGAUUCGUUGGAGACAGAGGAAGCAUCUGUUACACCCCCUGCUAA